AUGUCGACGUGCUCGAAGGAGGCAUUUCUAAACGUUACCAUUGAGUUAUCGAUUGAUGAUGGUUGCUCUCGUGUCGGUUGGACAUCAAUUUCUCCCUCAUAUAACUCUCCCAUGUGCUCGAAGGAGGCAUUCCUAAACGAUACUACUAAAAUGCUGGAUAAUGGCGGUGAAGCUCAAAACUUGGCCAUUCCAGAGAAGGAUAACAAGAACAGAAUACAGCAAUGGAGACAGAACAUCCGUCUUCUCUAUUUGAAGGCGAAAUUGAGAGAAAUUGAUUGUCCAACGACAAAGUGCCUCAGCUUCCAUCGCCAUAAAGAAUCGAAGCAGGAAGGUAUGAUCUUUCACACAUGUUUAGGAACCAGACCGGAAAAUCCACAUCGGUCCCGUGAUUUGUUGGCAUGUUGGAUGUUGUUGAGGGAGUACAACGAGGUCAUCGGCGUAAUAUUUGGCCAAGAAUGCCAGCACUUAAUGACUGCAUUUUUACUGAUGAAUGUACAAAAUAAUAUUGCUCCGCAUAAUAUUGCGAUGCUAAAGAUGGCACUCAAAACGUCGCAGUCGCAAAAAACACUUUACCAAAGUUCAAUGACUUUAGCUUCCCUUUCAUUCAAAUCGUUGCCGAGGGGUUUUGUUCGCCUAGUACAAGAAUGGAAUGUGCAGCUACUGAACUGGACUGAUGUCACGGGAUUCGCACAAUAG